AUGACAGCUUUCGGUUCCCCUAUCUCAGGAAUCUCGUGCUACUAUCGUUACGAUCAUCGGGUAUCCUCCCUCGAUGAUGAUACACUCCGAAAAGUGGGCUGCUCACAUAUUAUAGUUGGAUUCGCUACCGUUAGCGCUGAUUCCAAAGUCAACCUAAGCGAUGUCGGUGGGGAGGAUGGUCUACGGGGACUCGUACGUGAAAUUAAAACGCCAAAGCGGAGAGUCAUGCUCUCAAUCGGUGGUGGAGGAGGAGACCGCAACUUCGACGAAAUGAGCAGUAAGCUCGUGAAUCUCAAAAGCUUCCUAGCAUCUCUGGUCGAGAUUGUUCGUUUUACCGGGCUCGAUGGUGUGGAUUACGAUUGGGAGUUCCCCUCAUUCCAUCAACAAGAUGAUCUCAACCGUUUACUGCGGGAAACGCGACAUGUAUUCGACAAUUUGACGGCUGAAGAGUCAUCCGCAGAUGUCAAACGUCUCGAUCUCAGCGUCGCCUUACCCGGUCCGGUGACACUCACCGCUGCCUACAACGCUAGCGUUCUCAAAGAAACUUGCACGUUCUUCAACGUGAUGACCUAUGACCUAGCCCUAUACAGCAGCUGGCAUCCAAUAGCUACUUUCCAUAACGCUCUCUAUGGUCAGGGCAGUUUUCUGAGUCCCUUGAGGCUCUUCUCGGUGUCGACCUCGAUGAGGAACUGGGUCAAUCUCGGACUUCCAGCCAGCAUGCUCCUACUCGGAAUUCCAACCUACGGGGUCGCAUACGAGCUGAGUGACCCGCUCAGAACGUCACCCUUGGCCCCCAUAAAAGGAUAUUCCCGAUUGGGUGCCAAUCUCAACUACGAUGAGAUCUGCCGGAUUACCACGCAAUAUCCUGAGGGGAACCACUUUGAUGAGCGGUCGAGGGUGCCCUAUGCGAGCGAUGGAAAUGGAACAUGGAUUUCGUAUGACAAUAUUCGAAGCGUGGUAGAGAAGGUCGAGUUCGCGACGAGAGAAGGCUUCGGGGGAAUCAUGAUAUUCAGUCUGAACGCUGACGAUCCUUUCGGCAAUUGCGCUCUGAAUUGCUCCGACGGAUUGGAAGAUUGUCUAGUCCAGGCUAGUGACCGCUCAAACGGUUUCCCCCUGAGUCAAGUCGCCAUCGCCACGCUGGAGGAAUCCCCGAAUGGAUCCCGGUGA